AUGCACUCUCAUCGUCCAAACCACGAAAAUCCCACUUCUGCCGACCUCGACGUCCUAUCCCUCCUCACUUCGGACCAUGUCAAUCUAGGACCGUUGUCACCUACCGCAGGGACCGGAAGUGGGAUUGGAAAGAUGGGAGGAUCCGGUGAGAGACCGAAGAGACAAUUACCGAGGAGAGAAAGUCCGUUGGAUACUUUACUUAUCUCUGCUGUUUUGGCUGGUUCGGGACCGGUGACUAGACAUCAUUUAGGACAUGGGCCUGCUCGACCAGGAGCUUAUACAUCUUGUGACGAAUCACGUCCAACUUCACCAUCGAGAAUCCAACCAGAGAAGAUAACAUUGAAGUCACUUCAAGCUCCCCGAAGUGAACGUUUACGUCUCGAACAGGAAGUUGAAAUCACUCGGCUCCCAUCUUCCACCAACCAUCUAUCUCUGCCCACUUCAACCUCUCCAACAGACGACACCCCUCGGCUUUCCCCCGAUACACCGAAAUCUCCUUCGAACGUCAUGCGACCCAAGAGGAAAAUGUCUGUCGACCCAAACCCUGUGUCACAAAUUCUUCAGGCUGCAGCUUCUCCUAUAAAUACUCAGUCGUUCCCUACCCAACCUCAACUACAAUCGCUUUUCUCCCCAUCGACCGUACAGUCUGACAAAACGGACGGGAAAGUUCAUGUGAAAUGUAUGGCCCGUACGCGGAUCCCUACUCCACACGGGGAGAUGUUCUUACAUCUCUAUCAUAAUUCGGUAGAUUCAAAGGAACAUCUGGCUAUAGUUUACGAUCCCAUUCAACUUUCUCCCGAAGCUCGAGAUGCUGUAAAAGGUAGGAAGGAAAUUCGAAGUAAGAGUUUAGAUCAACAAUGGAGAAUCGGAGAGACGGAAAUGGAACGUGUGGUUCGUGGUGCCUAUAUCGGUCGAUUACUUCCCGGUGGGGAAUCACAAGCUAAUGGGUUGAAUGACUUCGAUAUGGAAGAUCAAUCAAAUCAUCAAGAUAUCUUACCUCUUGUGAGGAUUCAUUCGGAAUGUUUCACAGGCGAAACUAUCGGUUCGAUGAGAUGUGAUUGUGGUGAACAAUUAGAUGAAGCUAUGAGACUCAUCAGUUUACCUCGACCCAUUCCUAAUUCAUCAAACAAUCUUCCAACUCCUGCAGCAUCGCGUUCUCCAUCUCCCGAUAUCUAUCGUCCUCGUCAAGUACCAGGAAGAGGUGUAGUCAUUUAUCUUCGUCAAGAAGGUCGAGGAAUAGGUUUGUUAGAGAAAAUAAGAGCUUAUAACCUUCAAGAUUUAGGACACGAUACUGUUACUGCUAAUCUUCUAUUGGGACAUGGAGCAGACGAAAGGAAAUAUACGGUAGCAGCGGAGAUCAUGCGUGAUUUAGGUUUAGCAGAAGGUGGUAUCAGUCUUCUCACAAAUAAUCCUGAGAAAGUAGAAGGUUUGACGAAAGAAGGGAUAGAAGUGAAAGAAAGGGUUGGGAUGAUACCCAGGGAUUGGAAAUGUGAUGGGCAGGAUGAAGGUUAUGGAGAGUGGAAAUUGAGAAGAGAAGGUGUGGGCUUGAUUGGGGCUGGGAAAGCUAGUGGGAAAGAGUUGGAAAAGUAUUUGAGAACGAAAGUGGAGAGAAUGGGACAUUGUGAGUUGUUCACUCCACUCCACUUGAUUCACUCCUCGUAUAACCUCCCUUGGUACUGGUACAUGUAA